GAAACUUCAUCUUCGAGCUCCGCGCUCGAGGGCCAAAAGCCCAGCAAAAGGUGGAUAAGUUCAUAGAUGCGGCCUUUGACUACUACAAGCAGAAAAAGGGGGAGGAGAUCGACAAAAGCCGAUACCUCUACCAGCCUGUCAUCACGUCGCCGAAGGUUUCUGAAGAGGCUGGAUCUGACGAUGAAAGUGAUAUGGCGCGGAAAUACAAGAGAUAUCUUUUGUCUGACUCGAAGAGCUUUGACACGCUCUUCUUUCCGGAAAAGAAGCAGCUUCUCAAGCUCGUCGAUGACUUUCGUCACGGCCGAGGCAAGUUUGCUAUUCCUGGGUUUCCAAACAAGCUGGGCAUUCUCCUCGAUGGCCCACCUGGCACCGGAAAGACGAGUCUCAUCAAGGCUCUUGCCAUCUACCUGCAGAGGCACAUCGUUUCAGUCUCCCUGGAGAAGGUUAAGACGAAUCAGGAGCUGAUGGACAUGAUGUUCGACCUUUCCUACUCUGUCAAGGGUGAAGACGAGCCUUUCAAGAUGAAAUUUGAUGAG